CAAAUCGACUCUUGGUCGUGUGAGUGCGCAAUUUUGAUUUUAAAUUCUCCUUAUUUUGCACCGAAAACACAUGUUUUGGCGCCCAAGGUGUCGUUGGUGGUGGUGAUUGAUAAAAAACGUGUAAGAUUUGUACAGCUGUGCAGAGAAUUCAAAUGUUUUCCAAAGUAGAGCUAUUAAAUUUUUUGUUAUAACUUACGUGAGAAUUUCCUUCCAUUUUCCGAUAUUUAAAUUUCGUACACAAUGUAAGAGAAGUCAAGGAAAACUGUAUUAGUCAUCGUCUCUUUUUUCCUUCACUGGAUCAAUCAUUUUCUUGGCGUCCAAUCUGUGCGACUUUUGGCGCACAUCCGUUUCAUAAGUUACAUUUUAAGCGUGCGAAUUUAUAAAUUGAUCAACAAAUCUAUUUUUUGAGGGACUCAAUUGUGGAGGGAAAGUGAUAUUUGCCCACCCACCAGGAUUAUAAAGUGCGGAAAAUGUGGUGAAAUCACGGAGUUUUUUUUUCUCUUCACUCCAUAAAACAUUGACGAAAUUUAAUGUUUAUUUGCUCAGUGCUCAUAUCCUCUCUUAAUCACUCGUAAAAGUCAAUAACCAACUGUUAUUGGGCUUUGUCCAAUGUGGUCAGUACCGAAUGUUGAGAAAUUAGUGAAGAAAAUCCCAAAGUGCAAAUUGCAAAAGUUUCUCUAGAGACAAAUUAAAAAUUUAAUUUUAAAAAUAAAAACCAAAUUAAGUGAUACUUUGAAGCACAAAAAGUGAGAGUAAACGUGUAAAGGAAUCAGCAUCACAAUGACAAUCCAAAACAGAGACAAAGAGGAAGUACCUGACGAAUUUGAAUUGCCUUACCACAAUAACCAUCAAAGUGAAAUCCUGGAUUCAUCUGGGCAGCCUGUUAUGAUAAAAAUUGACGUUCCAGUGCCUUUACGUGAUGAGCCACGGUUCCCAAAGGAAAAAUGGAAAACCUUCUACUCAUUUGUGAUAUUAGUCGUCAACUUCAUCCUAGCCACCGUAUCACUCUCCCUUGUGCAUGAGCGAUUACCUGAUAGGGAAAAGUACGGACCACUCCCGGACAUUGUCCUGGAUAAUAUCCAACAAAUUGACUGGGCGCUCGAUGUCAGUGAAAUUCUCAUCAUGAUCGGCGUCAAUUCAUGCAUUAUCCUCAUAAUUUUCCACAAGCAUCGAUUCAUUGUGAUGCGACGCGUUUUCCUCCUAAUGGCCAUGCUUUAUAUGCUACGGUCCAUCACAAUGUACGUGACAGUACUACCUGUACCCAAUACAACGUACUACUGUAGCCCAAAGUCAAACUCAACAACACCCCUCCUCAUUGCCAAACGCGUCUUUCAGCUCCUCUCCGGCUUUGGGCUUUCCAUCAAUGGCAAGCAUACCUUCUGCGGAGACUACAUCUAUAGUGGUCACACCGUCAUGCUCGUACUUGCCUACCUCAUCAUCAGUGAAUAUUCACCGAAACGCUUCUAUGCCAUUCACUGGGCAGCCUGGCUGAAUGCUCUUGUCGGAAUUAUCAUGGUCCUUCUGGCACAUGGGCACUACACAAUCGACGUACUUAUCGCAUAUUACGUGACCACCCGCAUUUUCUGGACGUACCAUGGGCUGGCCAACAACAGCAUGCUCUUCAAGCAGUCGUCCAACAACUACCUGGGACGCGAAUGGUGGUUCCCGUAUUUUAGAUAUUUUGAAAAAAAUAUCCGCGGUCCCGUCCCGCGCCAAUACGAAUGCCCCAUCUCCUGGCCACGGCGCUUCUUUAGUAAGCUACCAAGUCGUGAGAGUUAACACGCGUCCGUGCCACGUUUCUAGAAGUCGUGUGAUGAACAGUGUGAUGGAACUUCAGAAGACAAUUUUUUUCUUACAUUGCUUUCGCAGAAAAAAAGCCACAAAUUGAUUUUUUCUUCAUUCAUUUUUUAUAGGAAACAUAAUUUAUCAAUUUCCCUGCGUGUGGAAGUAUAAAAUGCGCGACAAAGAGAAUUUGCUUGUUCUCCAUUUAAAAUGUAUAAUAAUUUCUUUGUGGAAUAUAAGAAAUGAGAUCAUUUGCGCAAUUUUUUUUUGAGGGAAAUUAAGGUGAUUUAUAAAGAUAUUUUUGGCAAAUAAAAUGAAUUAAAAAAAAUGGAAGGAAUAAAACAAGAGAAAGGGGCGAUGCUAGAAGAACCUACAAAGUCUGAAUUUAUUAUUUUCUAGUGUUUUGAGUUUAGAUUUUUAAAUGCUAGUUGUAAUUAUAGAGAUUAAAAUAUUACUGUAACGGUCAUCACUGCUGAAAUUUGAAAAAAAUUGACAUAUUAGGAACUGCUGUCAAAAUCCAAAUGUCAUUAAUAUGUCAAAACUAAUCUAACAAAGCAGUAUGGCAAAAGAGCCUUUAAAAGAAAGAAAGAUUUAUAAUCUUUUAAAAAAAAGAUCAUAACUUUUUACAAAUCAAAGGAAUUGAUUCCAAAAAAAAAACAGAACGAGUUUGUAGAAGUUUCUUAAUUAGUGAUAAAAUGUAUAAAAAUUAGUAAAGUGAUAAAAACUAAUUCCCUUGAAAAUAAGAGAACUAAAACAGUAAUGUCUAAAUAUACAGCCUUGAAAGAAAGAAAAACGCUGCGGAGUCACGAGAUAUUUUUUCUCGUGCCUGAAACAUGAAAUAGACCAAAUCUUCAUCUCUCUACCCCCACUUUAUUCUAAUCUUCGGCUGAAAAUCAUUCUUUCAAUCAACCCAUAGGAACAUCCAUCAUUUUCCGGGUGCACAUGAUCAUGAAAAGUACUUGAGGAGAGACAAGUCAAAGUGCAAUUAAAAGAGCCACGCGAUAGAUGAGAAUUUUAUCGCAAAAAAAACCAAAUACACCAAAAAAUGUCCAUAUCAUCCCCCAAAAAAAGAAGAUAUUUUUCUAUCAACAAUCUUUAUCUGAGAAUUUCAUUUUAUCUCUUUAUAUAUUUUCUGUGAAAGAGGAAAAGAGAGAAAAGAGUUGUACUAGAGACAAAAAUAGUUUGUAAGUGAAAUAAAGAGAAAUUAAUAUAAAGAAAA